AUGCAAAUAUACCCAAUGAGUAGUGAUGAUUCCCCUAUAAAUGAAGUUAUAUUUGGAAGUGGAAAUAAGAAUGGAUUAAAUCAAAUGAAGAAGAUCCAUAUUGCUAAGACUUCACGAUAUUUGUAUUAGAAUAUGUAAUGAAUAGAUUGCCACUUUACAAUCUUCCACCUUCAACUGAAUCCAGGAAUACAUUGUCAAGAACAGACUCUCAUCUGAAGUUUAGUUUUGUUAGUCAUUCGUAGCUGUAGAAAAGGAAUGCUAAAUGCGUAUUUAGACAAAUAAGCAGAAAACUAAUCCAUGCAAUGAAUUUUGUGAAGGAACUUCGAUCAUAUGCUGAAUAAUUGAAAUCAUAACAUAUGGAAUACAAAUAUCGGCAUCGCAACUUUUUUCCUUUGUAUCCAGAUGAUAAGAUAUAUAUCAUUUGGAUAGUUUUUAUAAAAGGAUUGCAUUUCAUAGCUUCAAUAAUUUUGCCUUUUCAGUUGGCAUUCCAAGUAUUGUAUCUAAAAAUAUAAGGGGAGCUGGAACAUUAGUGACUCAAAUCAUUUCUGUAAUUUUUGCUAUAGAUAUCUUAUUUAACUGCAUCAGCUGCCACAUUGAUGAACAUAACACACUUUUACAUACUUUUGAUAAGAUCAUUCCCUAUUACAUAAAAGGAUGGUUUAUAGUUGACUUACUAUCUAUAAUCCCCUUUGAAACAUAUGAGAAUACCAAAAUGUUAGGUUUAAUGAGAUUGUUUAGGAUAGCCAAGUAUUUCAUGUACGAAAGACGUGAAAAUUACCAUACUACUGAUGAUGUCAUCAAAAAGAAGGAGAUUGUUGUAAACGAAGAUCUGUUCUAUAGAUCAGAUUAUAACAUAGAUCUAAGAAUCAGAAGAAUUGUAACCAUAUUUAUAGACAUGGUAAUCUUGACUCACAUUUUUGCAUGCUUAUGGUUUUGGAGUGCUAGAAUUGAUGAAUUUAACUAGAACACCUGGGUCGUAAGAGAAAAUGUUUAUGAUUAUAACGUAGGUAAAUAGUAUGUGACUUGUUUCUAUUGGGCAAUCUAAACAGUUACCGUAAUAGGAUAUGGAGACAUUGCAGCUAAAACUUCCUUUGAGUUCUUUCUUCAAAUAUUCUGGAUGCUCAUUGGCGUUGGUUUCUAUUCAUUUACUAUUGGUGAUAUCACUUGCAUCUUAGUGAAUGUUAAUCCACGUUAAGAGUAUGAAGAUUAAUUGAUAUUACUGGAGGAAUUGGGAGAUCAAACAUUUAUGAUAGAGGAAGUACUCAAAGAAUUAAUAUCUUUUGCUAAAUUCAAUAUUACUCAUAAUCCAUUUUGGGCACGUAAUACUAUUGAAAUGGUCUAAGCCUUGCCUUGGAGUCUGAGAUAAUAUGUUAUCGCAUCAACACAUAAGGACAUUCUUAAAAUUGUACCCUUCAUUGCUAAUGAUAUCAAUUUCUCUGCCAUGGUUCUCCCUUAUUGUACUUUAGCCAAAUAUGACGAAUAUGCUACAAUAUAUCAUAUAGGUCAAAGUUCCUCUGAUUUCUAUUAUCUUCUGAGUGGUGAUGUCAGAUUAUCUGACGCAACUGGAGAAAGUAUUAUCAGAGUCAUGGAGGGGACUGUCUUUGGAGAAGUAGAAUCGAUUGAAUAGACUUUAAGAAGAUGGCAUGCUCAUGCUGUUACUAAAAGUGUUAUUCUAAUGUGUCCAGGUAGGUUUUUUGAAUCCUUGAUUUAAUAAAACUCAGCUUAGUUUUUCGAAUUAUACUAAAUGUAUAAGAGAAGGAAAAUCCUUUUGUCUGAUUAUGCAGAGUAAAAACAAAGUAAUAUUUGUAAUCCAUAAUUAAUAGGAUAGGCUGUUAGACUGAAAAGAUCCACUGCCAUCAUAAUAGAAGGUAAGGUCGUUAAAACACAACAGGUUAGAAGAUCAAGUGAAAACAGACAAUAAUUCAAAUCCAAAAUAGAUUGUCGAAAUUACAUCAGUGUUUAAUAGGAUUUGAUGUUAUCAGUUGUAGGUUAAAAGUAAGCUCGGAAAAAACUUCUUCGAGAGAAGUUUAGAUUGGUAUACCUUAUUUGUAAAUCAAGGCUGUGGAAAGAAUCAAAUAAAUGCUAGUUAGAACCAAGAAAAGAAGAAGUACCUUCACUAUUGAUUAAGAUUAUAAAAUAAUUAGAGAAUUAGUUGCCACCAGAAGUCAAUAGACAAUUUAAACUCAAAUGUUUGAAUCCAAUAAUUAAUUAAAAAAGCUGAUGAAUAAAUUUGGUAAAGUAGUAGAAUAAGAGAAUUAAGUUUAAUCUUUUAUCAUUAAAAAAAAAUAAGAAUCUUAUGAAAAAAUAAAGAGAAAGAAGCUUAAAGAUUUAGUUGCUGAAUGGAAUCACAAUAAACGUCGCAAAUCAAUAAAAAGGGAAAUUGAUGUGUACUAUUCAUCAUUCCACGAAUAAAUCUAUCAAGAACUUCUGUAAACUAGAAUUGAUCAAAAAUAAAAAAUUAAAUAAAAAUAAGAGAAUAUUAGAAAAAAUUCAGUCUAAUAACUUAAGUUAUUAAAUAUGAAUGUGAAUUACUUAAUAUAAUAAGCAAUGAAAUUUUCAAUUCAUAAAUUUGAAAUCAUGAAAUCAGAAAGAGAAAUUGAUCUCAUUAUUGAUGAAUGCCAAUCUAUCGUGUAAUAAAUUAUUUGA